GAUAUCUGACUGCAGAAGAAUGUGAACUGGAUCGUGUUCUCUGCAGACUGAAGUGUGAGCUGAAACAGCAGCAUGGAUCCGGGUGAGGUCAAAGAGGAGGGGGGAGAAAUGAAGAGGAUCAAAGUGGAAACAGACUCUCCUGGACCUGAACCCAGCAGUGUGUCCUUAAAGAGUGACUUGUCCAUGGAUCAACCUUUACAUUUCAGAGACGACCAGGAGGUUACCAGUAGUCCAUCUAUCGAGCGAACAGACCUGGACGCUAUAUUUCAGUCACUGGAGGAGAACAUCGUCAGUUUUGUGAAGGAAGAGUUGAAGAGGAUGUGCAAAGCUGUGGUUUCAGGUUACCCAGAAAGCUAUGAGACUGGAAACCAGGUUUUGGACAGUGAGGAAGAGAAACAGAGGAGUAUCACCAGAGAGAACUUCCUGAAGGUCACCUUGGACUUUCUGAGGAGGAUGAAGAAGGAGGAGCUGGCUGACCGUCUGCAGAGCAUUCCCUCAGGACCUCCUGCAUCUGUUUGUCAGCACAAACUGAAGUCUCACCUGAAGGAGAAGUUCCAGUUUGUGUUUGAGGGGAUUGCUAAAGCAGGAAACCCAACCCUCCUGAACCAGGUCUACACAGAGCUCUACAUCACAGAGGGAGGGGCCGGAGAGGUCAAUGAUGAACAUGAGGUCAGACAGCUUGAAGCAGCAUCCAGGAAACAUGGACUAGAAACAACCAUCAAACACAAUGACAUCUUCAAACCCUUACCUGAGAGAGCUGGACCAAUCAGAAGAGUGCUGACUAAGGGAGUGGCUGGCAUCGGGAAAACAGUCUUAACACAGAAGUUCACUCUGGACUGGGCUGAAGACAAAGCCAACCAGGACAUCCAGUUCACAUUCCCCUUCACUUUCAGAGAGCUGAAUGUGCUGAGAGAGAGAAAGUUCAGCUUGGUGGAACUUAUUCAUCACUUCUUUACUCAAACCAGAGAAGCAGGACUCUGCAGGUUUGAAGACUUCCAGGUUGUGUUCAUCUUUGACGGUCUGGAUGAGUGUCGACUUCCUCUGGACUUCCACAACAAUCAGAUCCUGACUGAUGUUACAGAGUCCACCUCAGUGGAUGUGCUGCUGACAAACCUCAUCAGGGGGAACCUGCUCCCCUCUGCUUGCCUCUGGAUAACCACACGACCUGCAGCAGCCAAUCAGAUCCCUCCUGAGUGUGUUGACAUGGUGACAGAGGUCAGAGGGUUCACUGACCCUCAGAAGGAGGAGUACUUCAGGAAGAGGUUCAGAGACGAGAAACAAGCUAACAAAAUCAUCUCCCACAUCAGGACAUCCCGAAGCCUCCACAUCAUGUGCCACAUCCCGGUCUUCUGCUGGAUCACUGCUACAGUUCUGGAGGAUGUACUGAAGACCAGAGAGGGAGGAGAGCUGCCCAGGACCCUGACUGAGAUGUACAUCCACUUCCUGGUGGUCCAGUCCAAACGUAAGAGCAUCAAGUACGAUGGAGGAGCUGAGACAGAUCCACUGUGGAGUUCAGAGAGCAGUAAGAUGAUCCAGUCUCUGGGAAAACUGGCUUUUGAGCAGCUGCAGAAAGGAACCCUGAUCUUCUAUGAGUCCGACCUGACAGAGUGUGGCAUCGAGAUCAAGGAUGCCUCUUGGUACUCAGGAGUGUUCACACAGGUCUUUAGAGAGGAGAGCGGACUGUACCAGGACAAGGUGUUCUGCUUCAUCCACCUGAGCGUUCAGGAGUUUCUGGCUGCUCUUCAUGUCCAUCUGACCUUCACCAAGUCUGGACUCAACCUGAUGGAAGAAGAACCAUCAACCUACCAUGGAUCUACACUUACACAGUUCUACCAGAGUGCUGUGGACCAGGCCUUACAGAGUCCAAACGGACACCUGGACUUGUUCCUGCGCUUCCUCCUGGGCCUCUCACUGCCGACCAAUCAGACUCUCCUGAGAGGUCUGCUGACUCAGACAGAGAGUGACCCACAGACGGAUCAGGACAAAGUCCAGUACAUCAAGAAGAAGAUUGAGGCGGACCCCAGUCCAGAUAAAAGCAUCAACCUGUUCCACUGUCUGAAUGAGCUCAAGGACCGAUCCCUGGUGGAGGAGAUCCAACAGUACCUUGGGUUAGGAAGACUUCCCAGAGAAAAACUGUCUCCUGCUCAGUGGUCAGCUUUGGUCUUCAUCUUACUGUUAUCAGAGGAAGAUCUGGACGUGUUUGACCUGAAGAAAUACUCUGCAUCAGAGGAGGCUCUGCUGAGGCUGCUGCCGGUGAUCAAGGCCUCAAAGAAAGCUGUACUGAGCGGCUGUAACCUGUCAGAGAGAAGCUGUGAAGCUCUGUCCUCAGUCCUCAGCUCUCAGUCCUCCAAUCUGAGAGAGCUGGACCUGAGCAACAACGACCUGCAGGACUCAGGAGUGAAGAAACUGUCUGUUGGACUGGAAAGUCCAAACUGUCAACUGGACACCCUGAGACUGUCAGGCUGUCUCAUCACAGAAGAAGGCUGUGCUUCUCUGGCCUCAGCUCUGAGCUCCAACCCUUCCCAUCUGAGAGAGCUGGACCUGAGGUACAACCACCUGGGUCAGCUUGGAGUGGGGCAGCUGUCAGCUGGACCGCACUGGAAACUGGACACUCUAAGGGCGGAGUCUGGUGAAGAACAAUGGUUAACACCUGGUCUGAGGAAGUAUUCCCGUGAACUCUCAUUCGACACAGACACCAUAAACAGGAGGAUCCAACUGUCUGACAACAACAGGAGGGUGACACUCAUGAAGGACAACCAGUCGUAUCCUGAUCACGAGGAGAGGUUUGACUGGCAGCAGCUGCUGUGUGAUACUGGUCUGACUGGUCGCUGUUACUGGGAGAUUGAUUGCUUAGGGUAUGUUGAUAUAUCCGUGAGUUACAAAGGAAUCAGUAGGAAAGGAGAUCGAGAUGACUGUCUGUUUGGAAGGAACGAUCAGUCCUGGAGUAUGCACUGCACCAGUGGUGGUCGUUUUUGUGUCUGGCACAAGAACAAUGGAACCAUCUCGCCCUCCCGCUCCACCUCCUGCUUCUCCCCCAUCCCUAACAGACUGGCAGUGUAUGUGGACUACCCUGCUGGCAUUCUGUCCUUCUACUUGGUGUCCUCUGACACACUGAUCCACCUCCACACCUGUUACAACAAAUUCACUGAGCCUCUGUAUCCUGGGUUCAGUUUUGAGUUCUCUGAACCUGGGUCCUCAGUGACUCUGUGUUCCCCUGUAAAGGGAACACAUUAAUUGACGCUGUACCAAAGUGAAGCCAAAACAUCCAGAGUGCUGACAUCUGGAUAAUGAUGAUGUCUGGAGUCAGUUUGUGUGGAGCAGAUCAGCCGGUGGAAACAUAGCAUUAACCUCCCUUUUUACAGUCUACCCCUUACAUUUGAUGCUCUUUUUACAGUGUACAAUUAACUUGUGAUGCUCUUUUUUCCAGUGUAUGCACAUUCUUACACAAAUAAAUUUGAUUUAGAAAAUGGA